UCACCCAUUUAGCCCAUCCCCCACACAAGUUUACUUGUGAUAUACGAACAGAGAGGAUUCCAAUAGUAUUAGAUUAUAGAUAGGUGCUUUAAUCUAGCCAUGAAAAGACACCAUUUUGAAAAGCAUGUACAAUUUAUGUACAAUUAAGGUGAUAAUUAAAAAUCAUUCUUCUAUUAAUGUGGCCACAAAAUAUUUUUUGCAACUUUCCUUUGGCCAGUAUGUAGUGCUUGCAUGUGCCUUAAAAUAUUUUAAUUACCUUUCUAGGCAGAAGCCAAAGAAUGAUAAAUCUCAGGAAUUUAACUAUUUGUAUCAAAUUUUGGUUUUUAGACCAAGGCACUAUCCAGAAUCACCUCUUUUAUUUCCAGUGGACAACUGUGAUUAGAAAAGCACCUGUGACAAAAUUCAAGAAAAUUUGCUAUAAAUGAAUAACAACUCAACAUGUAUUCAACCAUCCAGGAUCUCUUCCAUGGCUCUACCAAUCAUUUAUACCUUCCUCUGCAUCAUUGGUCUCUUUGGAAAUUCUCUCUCUCAAUGGGUAUUCUUAACAAAAAUAGGCAAGAAGACCUCGACGCACAUCUACCUAGCACAUCUUGUGACUGCGAACUUGCUUGUGUGUAGUGCCAUGCCUUUCAUGGGUAUCUAUUUCCUGAAAGGUUUUCAAUGGGAAUAUCGAUCUGCACGAUGCACGGUGGUCAAUUUUUUGGGUACUCUAUCCAUGCACGUGAGUAUGUUUGUCAGUGUCUUAAUUUUAAGUUGGAUUGCCAUAAGCCGCUAUGCCACCUUAAUGAAAAAGGAUUCAGUCCAAGAGACCACUUCGUGCUAUGAGAGAGUAUUUUAUGGCCACUUACUGAAAAAAUUUCGCCAGCCCAACUUUGCUAGAAAACUGUGUGUUUACAUAUGGGGAGUUGUACUCGGCAUAAUUAUUCCAGUUAUCAUAUACUACUCAGUUGUAGAGGCUACAAAAGGAGAAGAGAACGUGUGCUAUAAUCGGCAGACAGAACUAGGCGCCGUGAUCUCUCAGACCGCAGGUCUCAUUGGAACCACAUUUAUUGGAUUUUCAUUUUUAGUCGUACUAACAUCAUACUACUCUUUUGUCAGCCAUCUGAGAAAAAUAAGGACCUGCACUUCCAUUACGGAGAAAGAUUUGACUUACAAUUCUGUGAAAAGGCAUCUUUUGGUCAUCCAGGUUCUGCUAAUAGUUUGCUUCCUUCCAUAUAGCAUUUUUAAGCCCAUUUUUUAUGUUCUGCACCAGAGAGGGAACUGUCAGCAACUGAAUUAUUUAAUCGAAAUAAAAAACAUCCUCACCUGUCUUGCAUCAGCCAGAAGCAGCACAGACCCCAUUAUAUUUCUUUUUUUAGAUAAAACGUUCAAAAAGACACUAUAUAAUCUCUUUACAAAAUCUGAUUCACCACAUAUACAACCCUAUAGUUGACUUCUGACUAGAAAACACCAGCAAAUAGAAAAGUGUUUGUGUGGCGAUUUAGGGAUACUGGACUACAUGAUUAACAGGUCACAGCUUGAUUGAGAUAGCAGGCCCUAAGAAACCCUCUUUGGUUUUAGAAAUAACCAUAAAAUUCACUUUCCAGCUCUACUAAUACUGCAAGUUGAGAUGUCAGAGACUUUCAGAGGCAAAAGUCAAGCAUAUUAAAAGGAUCUCACUGCAUAUGAAAGCAAGAGACCAUUUUCUCUUUCAACUCAACUGUGUAUGCUUUUAUUCAGAACAAAACAUUUCAUGACUGUAGGAUAAAGCAGCAAAUGGUUUAUGACUUUUCUCCUUUCUAGUAGUGGCAAUAUAAGGGCCCAUCUGGGCCUAGGGUUUUGUUGGUAACUUUGAAAAUGAGUAAAAGAAAAAAAGUCAGUCAGAAAUUUCCUCACCAAAGUCCUAUCCAGAUGUAUGAAUAGUAGAGUGUAAAAAGCCAAGGCUUUAUAAAUGCCCAAUUUUGUAUUGUCUGCUCAUGUUACUGCGAGACCAAUAAUCAUCGAUUCCAGUAUUUAUUACGCCAGUGUUUUUAUAUAUUUGGGUUAGGCUUGGUCGAAAUAAAAGGCUAAUACAAUGUCAUUAUAUGCCGAUUUUCAUCACAUCUUGUAAAUUUUCCUCUGUAUUCAAUAUAAAUAAUGUGAUUAAUGACAAAUAGUACCUGGCAAGUAGAUAUGCUCAAUCAAUUUUUGUGAAAAUAAAUGAAUGAGUGAUAAGGGCAGUAUAACAGUAUUGUUGUUGAGAGACUGGUCUCUGGAGUUAGAGUCCCUGGGUUUGAUCCUAGCUGAACCUCUUCUCUUACUUAGCCAGACAAUCCUCAGCAACUUACUUACCCUCUUAAAGUGUUAAGUUCUUCAUUUGUAGAAUGGAGAAAUACUACGUAAUUCAUAGGUACUAUUAUUAAAUCAGUUGAUGUUACUAUUAUGAGUAGCUGUCAUUUACUAAGCAUUUGCUAUGGGCCAGGCACUCUGCCUCUAUGCUUUGCAUGUAUUUUAGUCAUCACCACCAUAAAGGAUGCCAAUUUGCUGAUGAAAAAACUGAAAUACAUAGAUAAGUCACCCCAAUUUUCUCCAAUGUCUAAAUAAAUACUUAAACUGUAA